AUGGAUUUAAAGGUGUACAUGCCCACGUUCAACAUUGAACAAUUUGAAUCGAGAUCAAUUCAAGAGUUUCUACAGAUAUUGGAAGAAUCCACUGGCAGACAAAAUGCAUUCUUCGAUGAAUCUGUCAAUGGUUAUGUUGUCUUGAGUAACUCAGAUCCAUUAACUUCUAAAGAAUCUGAGGUCUAUAUGGACACCUUGAAGAAAGCGUUUAUCUCUAUUGAUCUCUCCGUUCAUCCUGCAAAGAAUAUCACCUCGAGACAAUCACAACGGAACAAACAGACAGAGAAUUUCCUGAUAAGAACUUUCAAUUACAGUUUUAAGGACUGCAUAUUUAAUGAUUUGGUUACAGUCGCCUCGGAAAAUGAAGAUGAGGGUGAAGAGGCUGAAUCAACAUGCCAUAUUUCGAUUUGGAAAUUCACUUUACCAAUUUCUUACCCCAAAAGAAAGAUCAGCAACCCGGAAAUUAUUAUCUCAAUAUUAUUAACAUUAAGAAAUUACCAAACCAUAAUCCAAAAAAUGAAAUUGGCGGAAAAGUACUUGUCAGCUUCGGAUGGUUCUGGAGCCAACAACAGUAGUAAACUUAUGUUGCAUGAUAAUGCUAGUCUUGACGAGCUCACUUUAAAAGAAGUCUAUAAACCUGUUGAAGAGCAUAAUUUACUACAAGGUUUGGAACCGCAGGUCAAAACAACUGACUUGCAAACUGAAGCUUCACCUAUAUUACCUACCUCCAAAGUGGGGCAUGGUGAUCUAGAUCAUAAUAGCGAUGAAGGCAUUAAUAACUUUUCUUUUAAAAAUCAAAUCACCGCGGAAAUAAUAAAUAACAACCCUAACAAAAGAGCUUCCAUGAUCUCAAAUUUCUCCGUGAUUGAUUCGAUGCCAAAGACCAUUAACCUAAAUGCCAAGAUUUUGUUACCAGUGUAUCCAGUGUUAAAUAUGAGGUUGAAAUGUACCAAACCCGCAGGAAGAAAUGACAUUCUAUUGACGACCCUUGAAAUUGAAUCAUCGAAGGAGUUAAACAAGAUCAAUAUGCAGUUAAAUUUAUUGGAAAUUAACAUUGAGUUUCCAAAUGGGUCGAUUAAACCCUUGAUACCCCAAGUAUUGCAGAAAUUCCCAAUCACCAUCGACUAUAAUGAUAAUUUGAACUUCAUCUACGAGUUGAUCAACAACAACAGUAGUGAAAAUCUAAACAAGAAGCCAAUAAUGGUCAACUUGAUAUCCCAACCAGUUCCAAUAGACGGGCACAAACCUUCUCCUGGUAUGGAUUCAGAUGAUUUCACCUCCAGCAAAAUUGUUACUCGCUGGAGCACCUUGGUCGACUUCAGCAUUGUAGCACCUCCCACAAACACCGCUUUGAAAUCACAAAAUAUGAAUGCAUCAGGUAUCAACGGUGGCAAAUCUUCAAAAAACAGAAACUCUAUAGUUUCUUCAUUAUCGUCACCUCAAUUGUUUAGUAAAAAAGACAGAGAUUUUGACUCAUCUUCAUCGUUUUCCCUUGGUGUGAAUUCUGAAGAAGGAGAAACUGUCGCCAGCACCGAUAUCCACCAAAAAUUGAAAAGCCAAACCAGAACCACUUCCACUUCUCUUACGGUCAACAUUCCUAGAACUUCCAAAUCAUCCGUUCUUAACGGGUUGAUCUUGUCAUUCCACGGUACUACUAAUGUAAAAGUCGGGCAAAUAUUCAAGUGGAGGAUUCAGGCCAUUAAUAAAUCGCAUAGAAUUUUGAAUUUAUCACUUUACAUACAACCAAAGGACAAUAAUAACCACUCAUUUUUAACUACCAACAUGUCGACGACUCCUAAUACUGCGAACUCCAGCAGUUUCAACAACGACCAUAACAAAAUACAAUCGAACCAAAUCAUAUACCCUCUUUCAAACCACUCGGAUUCUGGAAGCAUUAAUCUAUCUAAAGUGUUUAAUCAGACCAAAUUGACUCCUAGUGGGAUCAUUUGUUUGAACAAUGAUGUGAGAAUUGGGCCAUUCGAUCAUUACUCCGUUUUUGAGACUGAGAUUAACUUGAUUGCUAUUGAAAAAGGAAUUUUCAGUUUACAAGGGGUUAAGAUCAUUGAUAUCACAUCGGGUGAAAGUUUUGACUGUGGGAAAUUAUUAGAAGUGGUUGUAUUCGAUUAA